ACCAGAGACUCCUCACGCGCGGCCUUAAGAACCGCUUAGCUGCGCCCUUCCACUCCCUCUUUCUUUCAUCUUUCGUCCGCAUUAUAUACCCCAGUGUUCCUUUUCCUUCGCUCACAAUACCCUUUUCCCAGACCGUCGUUGUAUUCUAUUCCAAAUAGAUUUCACCAUGGCCUCUCCGCAGAAGAUCAGGACCACCCUCACCGAUCUCUUGAAGAUCCAGCACCCCAUCCUCCUCGCUGGCAUGAACGUCGCCGCCGGCCCCAAGCUGGCUGCGGCUGUCACCAAUGCCGGCGGCUUGGGCGUCAUCGGCGGCGUCGGAUAUACCCCUGACAUGCUCCGCGAGCAGGUCGCUGAACUGAAGUCCUACCUCAACGACAAGAACGCUCCCUUCGGCGUUGAUCUGCUCCUUCCCCAGGUCGGUGGCAGUGCCCGCAAGACCAACUACGACUACACCAAAGGCAAGCUGAACGAGCUCAUCGAUAUCGUCAUCGACUCCGGUGCCAGGGUCUUCGUCUCCGCCGUCGGUGUUCCCCCCAGGGCUGUCGUCGAGAAGCUCCACAAGCACGGAGUCCUCUACAUGAACAUGAUCGGACACCCCAAGCACGUCAAGAAGUGCCUGGACCUCGGCGUCGACAUCAUCUGCGCGCAGGGCGGUGAGGGUGGCGGCCACACCGGUGAUGUCCCCACCUCUAUCCUGAUCCCCACCGUCGCCAAGCUCGUCAAGGGUCAUAAGUCUCCUAUGACCGGUGCCGAGGUCCAGGUCGUUGCUGCCGGUGGUAUCUUCAGCGGCCAGUCCGUCGCUGCCGCGCUCAACUUGGGCGCGUCCGGUGUCUGGGUUGGUACCCGGUUCAUCCUGUCCGAGGAGGCUGGCGCCCCCAAGGCUCACCAGGAGGCCGUCCGCACUGCUGGCUUCGACGACAAUGUCCGCACCAUCAUCUUCACCGGCCGUCCCAUGCGCGUGAGGGCCAACCCCUAUAUCCUGAACUGGGAGGAGAACAGGGCACAGGAGAUCAAGGAUCUCACGAGCAAGGGUAUAAUCCCGGUCGAGCACGACCUGGAGAAGCUGGGCGAUGAGCUCGAUGACGAGACCAUGGAUAACGCCCGCCCCUUCCUCAUGGGCAAGGCCGCCGCUGUAGUCACCGAGAAGAAGACUGCGAGGGCGAUCGUCGAUGAGUUGGUCGAUGAUGCCGUCGCGUGGCUCCAGAAGACUAACGGCUACAUCGUGUCCAAGUCCAAGCUAUAGAGGGCGGACUGAGCACGGGCAGGUUUACGAAACUCUGUAGAUUCUUUUUAGCAUUUCCGGCGCCUUCUUUUGUGGAUAGUUUCCGCCAAUUUAUUUCUUUCGAACAUGAACUGCGAAAUCAAGUGACGGGGACACAUUCUGAAUAAACGGGAAACACUGGGGCAAACGCAGCUCCCUUGGCCGUAGUGGAACGAUUUGCAAACCCUUAUGGAGAAGUGAGAACCUGGAAAUACAAGAUUCGAGGGACGCAGACCGAUAGCGUAGGAAGGAAAAGGUCAUGCCUCGCCAGCAUCUAUGGAUUGCGAGGGGAUUUGCCAAUUGCAUCAGCAAGCAAUAUCCAGGAAUCAGACACA